GCCAGCGAUAGGGUGGCCGACGCUGCCGCCGCAGACGCCGAACUCUUCACGCCCGAGGAGUUGCGUGAUCUGGAACGACGUCUGGGUGUCUUCCGGCGGAGUCGCAUCGGUGAGAAGGUGGUGGCCACCUCCAAGACCAUCUGCAUCCUCUCCCGGUAUUACUUUGGCUCCUCCUUCAAGCCCUUCCUCUCCUUCCUGCACCAGCGUUGUCUGGGUGAUGGCAACGAGGAGAAGAAUAGUAUUCCGCUUGAACGGUAUCUAGCCUUCCUCUUCUACGAGGUUCCCUUUCCUGACCUGCGUCUUCCGAAUGUUGUCGUUGAUGUGAGUUGUUAG